AUGUUGUCUGGUUUUAAUGCCAUAAGCAACCGACGUUUUUGUACACCAGAUCGCGAUAGCGAGCGUUACGCGCUGCGCGCCGCAAUGGGUACCGCGACACGUCACGGACGCACACGUAGCGCGGCCGCGGCCGCCUCCUGGCGCUUCCCCGGUGCCGCCGGGCCGACGCGCGCUGACCGACGGACGCGUCCGCGCAUCCAAUACCCACCGGCCGUUCGUGUGGCCAAGAUUUCAGACGCUCGCUGCGAGUCGUCCGUCGACGCGGCGACGUUCCACACACCUCGCGGAUCGCGCGCGCCCGCUCCCGGUGCGUUUGGCGAGCGAUACCGCUACUAUCUGCUACACCCUCCCGCCGCAAUCGGUUACCGCCCGACUCGCCUAUUGACAGGCGGGCCCGUCCGUUUUUCCGCAGAUAGCCCGCGCUUACGCCAACCCGUGUACCACCGUGUGGACGCGCCUCUUAAUUGCAAUCCGAAAUUGCGUGACGAAACUGUCCGCGAUCGCUAA